AUGGUAAUCACAAGCACUAUAAGUCCGUUGCUGAAAUAUGGUCUUCGGUUUCUCGACAUAUGGCCGGACAUGGCAUUCUCCACUGUUAAACGGCUCUUCUACAUGUUGAGCAUAUUGAUCAUGCAAUUUUUUCAAUAUCACUACGUUUUCGUGCACUUCAAGUUUGAAGAGAUGCAGAAUCUUGUAGAUAGUUUGACGGUAACUUUAGAUUACAGUUUGACGAUCGUGAAGUUAACAACGCUUUGGAAAAAUCGUCGCGUAGUUCGCGAAAUACUUGUUGCUAUGGACACUGAUUGGCGUGAAUGCAUCAGCGUCGAUCGAUAUUUACAAGUGAUGACGUCGAAAGCCAGCAUUUCGCAUUUUUGCUCGAAUGCUAUGCUGGGCUUGAACACAAUCGCUACUAUACUCUACAUCCUGGGCGAUUACGCACUUAAUAUUGUGCAUAAGGACAAGAACGACAAUAUUACUUCGCGACCAUUUCCCAUCAAACUAAUUUUUCCUUUUGAAGCCGAACAAUCACCGACGUAUGAGCUGUUGGUUCUCACCUUGUUUCUGCAUGUCAUGUUAAACGUGUUCACGGUUACCAUUGUGAAUGCGCUAAUUUUUACUCUGGUACUUCAUGCAAGUGGACAAAUUGAUAUCAUAUGUGAAGAAUUUAAAACUUUAUCUGAAGAGAAAAUAUUUUAUUGUGGAUAUUUUGAACAUACAAUAGGAACGUUAAUCAAGAAGCACAAUAAAAUCAUAUCGUUUUCCAAGAAUCUCGAGAAACUCUUUUCGUUUAUGACAUUGAUGCAAGUAUUUUGGAAUACAUUGGUCAUCUGCAGUUUAGAAAUCCUCUUCAUGAUAUCUCUUCAUAAUGAACCUGGUUUCGGCUUGAUGAAAACUGUAUUUGUUUAUGGUGGUAUAACGGUAGAAAUUUUUAUUUUUUGCUUUGCCGGAGAAUAUCUUAGACUUAAGAGUAAAUCACUUGCCGAUGCAGCGUAUGAAUCUUUAUGGUACAACAUGUCGCCUAAAAAUUGUAAAAAUAUAUUAUUCGUAAUUAUGAGAUCACAGAAACAAUUAAGCCUUACGGCGGGAGGAAUGGCGAAUUUAUCGUUAGAAGUCUUCGCAAGUAUCAUGAAAGCGUCUGCUUCAUAUGUGUCCGUCUUGAAUGCAAUGUAUUGA